AUGGAGUUUGAACCGAGUGGUUUGUCCGAUGCUCACUUCGUCACUCCGAUUGAAAAGGACUUCAUCAACACCACGCUGUCAGCUCUUAAUGUUACAGGUGACAGCGAGGACGAAGGAGAAGAUGAUUUCGAGAGGUUGGUAGGGAUUAUUAUUCCCGUCAUCUUCGGGGUCAUCUGCGUUUUAGGAUUCUUCGGGAAUGUGCUGGUUAUCAUGGUUAUCUUAACUGACAAACAGAUGAGGAACACAACGAAUGUGUUGAUACUUUCGUUAGCAGUAGCUGAUCUUCUUUUCAUCGUCUUCUGUGUGCCCUUUACAGCAACGUUUUACACUCUGCCUGUUUGGCCAUUUGGAGCUAUCUGGUGUAAGACGGUGAUAUACUUAAUGUAUGUUUGUGCGUACGCUAGCAUGUACUCGCUAGUGAUCAUGUCCUUGGAUAGAUAUCUGGCGGUCGUGCACGCCAUACGUUCUAUGACUUGGCGCUCGGAAAGAAAUACGUGGCUUGUUGUUGCUGCCAUCUGGAUCAUUUUCCUUUGCGGAAAUAUACCAAUCUUUAAGCAGUGGGGUGUGAUUAAUUACAAUUACUUUGGCGAGAAUCGAACCAAAUGUUUUCAGAUUUCGUUACUUGAGGAUGACUAUCAAGCUAAGGCGUUUUUCGGCAGUUUCUUCUUCUUUGGAUAUGUCUUCCCGCUAGCAAUCACCUUGUUGCUGUACGGACUCAUGCUGAAGCGACUUCUCUAUGGCGUCGUCCCUGGAGGUCGUAAUCAGUCUUCAGAAAGCAUGAGAGCCAAGAAACGUGUCACCAGAAUGGUAGUUAUUGUAGUGAUCAUCUUUGCUCUUUGCUGGUUACCACUGCAGAUCUGCCUGUUUCUCCAACAUAUAAUUGGCGUAGAAGUUGGCGUUUCUCUGGCAAGUAUAACAAUAGCCGCCAAUUGCUUUGCGUACAUGAACAGCUGCGUCAACCCGAUUCUUUACGCAUUUCUCUCCGGUAAUUUCCGCCGCAGUUUCCGGCGAUUUCUAUGUUGCUCGGACAGAUCUCAGAGAAUGGAUUACGAAAGGACAAACAUCCGUUUUACUGUGACAGAGAAGGAAACAAACAAUACUAAAUCUACUUGUGUUAACAACUCUAAAACGUACACAGCCGUAUAA